AUGUCCUCCCAGCACACUUGGACACCAUCAUCCUGGAGAGACAAAACAGUCAACCCAUAUGCUAUCGAGUACCCAAACGGCAAGGAUAAGGAUGUUCACACUAUACUACGCCGUCUCAGUCUACUUCCACCUCUCGUUACUUCAUCUGAGGCGUCUGAACUCCGAGAUCAACUGAGGGAGGUGGCCCUAGGCCAGCGCUUCAUCUGGCAAUGCGGCGACUGUGCAGAGCUCUUCGAAUACUACGAGUUCAGCUGUCUCUUAUUCACACGGCUUACCGACAUCCCCACACUCUUGAUUGGACGGAUGGCUGGCCAAUACGGCAAACCGCGAAAUGGACUAAUGGAGAGAGUCAAGGGAUGCGAUGUCCAGAAGUUCCAGGGUGAUGUGAUAAACUCUAUUAACGAGACACGGCGCGAUCCGGACCCGAAGCGUCUGCUCGAAGCUUAUUUCUCUUCUGGCUGUACGUUGAACUAUAUGCGAUCUACAGCCCAGUCCGACAAAUGCAUGGAAAGUACAACUGGGAUCUAG